ACGGGAGCGCCAGGAGCGUGCAGCGGGAGCCUGGUCCCGCUGCCUCACCCCGCAGGCCUUGGAAGCACUCGUGAGUGUGCAGCGGUGUGCAAGGGGCUGAGCUCCUCCGUGCCCUCGGCCCUGUGAUCCCCGGCCCCACAAGCCAUGGCACCCAAAGGAAAGGUCUACAGGGGCUCGGUGAAGGAGUUCCCGGGUUUCGAUGCCAGCCAGGACGCAGAGGCGCUGUACAAUGCCAUGAAGGGUUUGGGCAGUGACAAGGAGGCCAUCCUCGACCUCAUCACGUCCCGGAGCAACAAGCAGCGCGUGGAGAUCUGCCAGGCCUACAAGUCCCUCUACGGGAAGGACCUCAUCGCUGACCUCAAGUACGAGCUGACGGGCAAGUUCGAGCGGCUGAUCGUCAGCCUGAUGCGGCCCCCAGCCUACAGUGAUGCCAAGGAGAUUAAAGAUGCCAUCGGGGGCCUCGGCACGGAUGAGAAGUGCCUGAUCGAGAUCCUGGCCUCCCGCACCAACCAGGAGAUCCACGACCUGGUGGCCGCCUACAAGGACGCCUACGAGAGAGACCUGGAGGCCGACAUCGUUGGGGACACGUCGGGGCACUUCAAGAAGAUGCUGGUGGUUCUGCUGCAGGGUGCCAGGGAGGAGGACGACGUGGUGAGCGAGGACCUGGUGGAGCAGGAUGCCAAGGACCUGCUGGAAGCCGGCGAGCUGAAGUGGGGCACGGACGAGGCGCAGUUCAUCUAUAUCCUGGGCCGGCGGAGCAAGCAGCACCUCCGCAUGGUCUUUAACGAGUACCUGAAGAUUUCGGGGAAGCCCAUCGAGAGGAGCAUCAAGGGAGAGCUCUCUGGAGACUUCGAAAAGCUGAUGCUGGCAGUGGUGAAGUGCAUCAGGAGCACGGCGGAGUACUUUGCCGAGAGGCUCUACAAGGCCAUGAAGGGGCUGGGCACGAGGGACAACACGCUGAUCCGCAUCAUGGUGUCCCGCAGCGAGAUCGACAUGCUGGACAUCCGGGAGGUGUUCAGGACCAAGUACGAGAAGUCUCUCCACAACAUGAUCAAGGAGGACACCUCCGGGGAGUACAAGAAGGCGCUGCUGAAGCUGUGCGGAGGGGACGAUGAUGCCGCGGGUGAGUUCUUCCCCGAGGCAGCGCAGGUGGCCUACCAGAUGUGGGAGCACAGUGCGUUGGCCAAAGUCAAGCUCCAAGGCACCGUGCAGCCCGCCGCCAGCUUCAACGACGACGGCGACGCGCAGGUGCUGAGGAAGGCGAUGAAGGGUCUGGGCACGGAUGAAGGGGCCAUCAUCGACGUGGUCACGAAGAGGAGCAACGCCCAGAGGCAGCAGAUCAUUAAGGCUUACAAGGCUCACUACGGCAGGGACCUGAUGGCAGACCUGAAAUCGGAGCUGUCGGGCAGCUUGGCCAAGCUGAUCCUGGGGCUCAUGCUGACGCCGGCGCAGUACGAUGCCAAGCAGCUCAGGAAGGCUGUGGAGGGGGCUGGCACAGACGAGAGCGUCCUCAUCGAGAUCAUGGCCACGAGGAACAACCAGGAGAUCGCGGCUAUCAACGAGGCGUACCAGCAGGCCUACCACAAGCGCCUGGAGGACGACCUGAGCUCCGACACCUCGGGCCAUUUCAAGAGGAUUCUUGUCUCGCUGGCUCUGGGCAACCGCGAUGAGGGGCCGGAGAACCUCACCCAGGCGCACGAAGAUGCCAAGGUUGUUGCUGAGACCCUGAAACUCGCCGACGUCUCCAGCAACGACUCCAGCGACUCCCUGGAGACCCGCUUCCUCAGCAUCCUCUGCACCCGCAGCUACCCCCAGCUCCGCAGAGUGUUUCAGGAGUUCAUCAAAAUGACCAACCAUGACGUGGAGCACGCCAUCAAGAAGCGGAUGUCAGGGGACGUGAGGGACGCCUUCGUGGCCAUCGUGCGCAGCGUGAAGAACAAGCCGGCCUUCUUCGCCGACAAGCUCUACAAGUCCAUGAAGGGUGCUGGCACGGAUGAGAGGACCCUGACCCGCAUCAUGAUCUCCCGGAGCGAGAUCGACCUGCUCAACAUCCGCGCCGAGUUCGUGGACCUGUUCGACAAAUCCCUGCACCAUAUGAUCGAGAAGGACACCUCCGGCGACUACCGCAUGGCUCUGCUGGCCCUGUGCGGCGGUGAGGAUUAGGGGGCGGCAGCCAGCCCCGACUUCUUCUGAGCCAGCAGCACGCACACAGCCACCGCCUGGGCCUCACUGCAGCUUCGGGGGCUUGGGGGGGUCGCUGGGGACCCCCACGAGCCCCCCUCACUUGGAGCGGCACCGCAUCGCAAGCAGGGGGGCGGUGGGGAGGGGAGCUAUGGGGAGGGGGGGGUCACCGUCUGUCUGUCUCGGUGCAGAGUAAUUCGUACCCAAACGUGCCACUUAACCCAGGAAUAUUUAC